CCAGUCUUGGGUCAUUCUUUAUAGCCGUAUGAAAACAGACUAAUACACCCUCCCUUUUUAAUUACGCCCUACACACCUACAUCCCUUAUACUAUUCAUACCUCUUUUGGCACUUCCUAGUUUUAUGCUAUAGACAUUAGGUUACAUUAUUUUAUCUACAGCUCACCAAAAUAUUAGCUCCUCAAACAAAAAUCUUACAUCUCAUAUUUUUAGCCUCCAAAGCACCUUCCACAUACUUUGCACAUUACCCACCACCUCAUACACAAACUUCUUCACAUGCUCAGCAUCCUGGGCCAGUUUCUCCUAUGCUUUGACAUGCCUCAUCUGCAGACAAACAUAAAAAAUACAGAACUUAUUGAGAGAGUUAAUGCCCAAAUGGAGUUUUUUCCAAGUCUCUUUUAGUAAAUAUAUAUUAAAGAAUUUACUCAGUUAAUGGGAGCAAUCCCAAGUUAGCGCUCAAUUAAUAUGUGCUGAGUUGGAUUUAAGUAAAUAAAACCAGUAGUUGACUUUGAAACUAACAAAACAUUUUUCUUGAUCUCUUUUUAGAGUUUAUCAUGGCUUCCAGUAACACUGUGUUGAUGCGGUUGGUAGCCUCAGCAUAUUCUAUUGCUCAAAAGGCAGGAAUGAUAGUCAGACGUGUUAUUGCUGAAGGAGACCUGGGUAUCGUGGAGAAGACCUGUGCCACAGACCUGCAGACCAAAGCUGACCGAUUGGCACAGAUGAGCAUAUGUUCUUCAUUGGCCCGGAAAUUCCCCAAACUCACAAUUAUAGGGGAAGAGGAUCUGCCUUCUGAGGAAGUGGAUCAAGAGCUCAUCGAAGACAGUCAGUGGGAGGAAAUACUGAAGCAACCAUGCCCAUCGCAGUACAGUUCUAUUAAAGAAGAAGAUCUCGUGGUCUGGGUGGAUCCUCUGGAUGGAACCAAGGAAUAUACUGAAGGUCUUCUUGACAAUGUAACAGUUCUUAUUGGAAUUGCUUAUGAAGGAAAAGCCAUAGCAGGAGUUAUUAACCAGCCAUAUUACAACUAUGAGGCAGGACCAGAUGCUGUGUUGGGGAGGACAAUCUGGGGAGUUUUAGGUUUAGGUGCCUUUGGGUUUCAGCUGAAAGAAGUCCCUGCUGGGAAACACAUUAUCACAACUACUCGAUCCCAUAGCAACAAGUUGGUUACUGACUGUGUUACUGCUAUGAACCCCGAUGCUGUGCUGCGAGUAGGCGGAGCAGGAAAUAAGAUUAUUCAGCUGAUUGAAGGCAAAGCCUCUGCUUAUGUAUUUGCAAGUCCUGGUUGUAAGAAGUGGGAUACUUGUGCUCCAGAAGUUAUUUUACAUGCUGUGGGAGGCAAGUUAACUGAUAUCCAUGGGAAUGUUCUUCAAUACCACAAGGAUGUGAAGCAUAUGAACUCUGCAGGAGUCCUGGCCACACUGAGGAAUUAUGACUACUAUGCAAGCCGAGUUCCAGAAUCUAUUAAAAAUGCACUUGUUCCUUAAAGGAAAGUUUCAUUUGGCUGGGCGCGGUGGCUCACGCCUGUAAUCCCAGCACUUCAGGAGGCCAAGACAGGCGAAUCACUUGAGCUCAGGAGUUUGACACCAGCCUGGCCAAUAUCGGGAGACCCCAUCUCUACAAAAAUACAAAUUAACUGGGCAUCCUGUCAUGCGCCUGUCAUCCCAGCUACUUGAGAGGCUGAGGCAGGAGAAUCUUUUGAGCCUGGGAGGCGGAGAUUGCAGUGAGCUGAGAUCAUGGCCACUGCACUCCAGCCUGAGUGACAGGAGUAAAGCCCUGUCUCAGAAAAAACAAACAAACAAACAAACAAACAAAAACACCCAAAAAGUACUGAAAGUUUCAUUUACUUAGCUAGGAGAAAGACUUGGUUCUCAAAAUAAUACAUUUUAAAACUAAUUGGAUAGAAUUAGAGUUCCACCUUUAUUCAUUGUUGAGCAGUGAUUUAUAUUUAGUUAUCGUAUUUAGGAAUAGAAAAUAGAAUUAAAUAAUUUAACCUGAUUAAUCAACCAGACCAAUUUUGACAUCUGAAGAACUUACAAACUCAACACGUUAUAUUUGUUUUCCUGUAUUUAGGUGGAGAAAUGAGAAAAAGCUUUAGUUUCAAUUGACAAUUCAGGUCAAUGUUCAAUCAACAUGCCUAUCUUUUAAACCAGAUUUCUUUCUUUCUGUUUUUUUUUUUUUUCUUUCUUGAGACGAAGUCUCACUCUGUAGUCUAGGCUGGAAUAUAAUGGCAUCAUGAUCUCGGCUCACUGCAAGCUCCGCCUCCCGGGUUCAUGCCAUUCUCCUGCCUCAGCCUCCCAAGUAGCUGGGACUGCAGGCACCACCCACGGCUAAUUUUUUUGUAUUUGUAGUAGAGAUGGGGUUUAACCAUGUUAGCCAGGAUGGUCUCCAUCUCUUGACCUCGUGAUCCGUCCGCCUCGGCCUCCCAAAGUGCUGUGAUUAUAGGCGUGAGCCACAGCGCCCAGCCUAAACCAGAUUUCUUUAGGGCACAAUUGUUCCUGGAAUCUCACUCUUGUUUUUCACAGUAAUUUAAAAAAUGUUUCUACUCCAAUUAAGAAUACAUAUGACAUUAUCAUAUAUGCUGAUGAAACAGAUUUAUGAGAAAAGUUUUUUUAAUAAAUUAUUUAAUCCUA